AUGUUGAAAGAUACUGAAGACGAACAAAAGAAAAAAGUAAGAAAGAUUCGAAAACAUCGAUCAACGUCACAACAACAUAAACUAAACAGCAGUCGAUCAUUCAACAGAUCUGAAAGACCAUCAAAAAGACAUCGAUCAUCAACUAUAAAACGAAGUAGUUCUUCAAAAUUAACUAAAGAAGAAAUAAAAUAUCAACAUUUUGUUCGUGAUCUCAAACGAGAUAUACAAAUUCAUUUAAAUCAAUGUUUACGUGAAAAUCGUUUUGAUCCCUGUGGUAAACAACGUUUUCAAAUUAAUCCUUCAUUCAACUCUAAACGAUCAACAUCAGUUCUCAGUUCUCAUCGAACAGACGAUACAACGACAAUCGUCACUUCUACCACCUAUAAUCAACAACGUUUAAUGAAAUUUUCAAAAAAUAACGAAAAUAAACGUCUUACAGCCGAUGCUCAAGCUCUUCUAACAGGACCAGCAUUUAAAAAUUUCUAUACACUUUUUAUUCAAUCACGACCACAACAACAUCAACAAUUCACUCUUAAAAAAUCUUUACGGCCACUUGAAGAAUCGAUUCUAUUACCAAAUGAACAAGAAUAA